AUGCCCUCUAAAAUUUUAUGCCCUAAGCGGCCGCUUUGGUGGCUUGCCCUCCGGGCCGGCCCUGGACUACUACUUAAUGGUAGGGUGUUUCCUCCGCUUCACCGUGUGGUUAUAACGGGAAAGGAAGAUCGGCACGCGGCUGGACUGUUCUUGCUUCCCAAAGAAGGCCUGAUCAUAAAUGCACCCGAGGAGAUGGUGGAUGAUGAACAUCCUCGUCUCUAUAAGCCUUUUGAUUUUGAGGCUUACUUUGCUUUCACCUACACUGAUACCAAGAAGAGGGAUUUAUCGGCUCUCAAGACUUACUGCUCUCUCUAA